AUGGACGAGUCCGCUUCUCUCGAUGCUCUUGCUGACACGCUCACAAAACUGUCCGCGAAUUCGUACAUCGUUGACCUCCAUGUGCAACACAUUCGCCUGGCAAAGUCUUUGGAAGACAAGGACCAAUUGUUGGUUGCUCUUGAGAUGGCGGCAAACUAUAUGGCAACACCAGACGACAUCUGGUUACCUCUCAUUGACGCGAAGACUGCUGCGAGUGAUAUAAAUACGCCGGGAGGUGUACUAGAGGUGUUGGACGUGUAUUCGAAGGCAGAGUUAGACUACAUGUCUCUCUCGAUUUUGCAAAAGCAUCUGGAAUUACUAGUCGACCGUCACGAAUACUUCUCUGGGUCAGAGGUUGAACCAGAUAACUUAGGAGAGUUGUUUUCCGACAACUGGACUCGGGAAGCAUUGUCAAGUGUUGUUUCCAAAGGCGCUGGUGACACAUCACAAAGUCAUGUACUGUGGGAUCAGUAUUACAACUGGGAGCUUGAAAUACUGGAGAAGGCCUCAAUGAACGAGAAGCCCCUAUCGGUCAACCUGAUUGAAGAAAUUCUGCUUGCUCGUCUCCAGCAACCACACGCCAACCAUCAAGAUACCUACCAAUUAUAUUCCUCAUUUACAACGGCACACAAGCCUGCUAACGAAUAUGAAUCGCUUCUCAUAUCUGCGUCAAAGCUGCGUUCACGAGCUGUCAAAGCAUAUGAGAAACGAGAGGCCUCAGAGAUAGCGUUGGCAGCUGCUGGAUAUUCACUCGAUGCAUACGCAACUUAUAUCGCUGCAGAGCGACGUCGAAAAGAUCCGGAUUAUUUCAUUCUUUCUGGACUUUAUGAACGCGCCCUUGCAGAGGCAUCAAGACGCCAAUUUGCUGGCGAGCUUGGCGCCGAACGGGCAAUGCAAACGUUCUGGGUUGGAUACAUUGAUUUUGUCAAAUCACAAGGCCAAAGUGUGCAGUUUUGGCGACGUGCGACACGCAGUGCACCAGGCUCGGGCGAAGUUUGGGCACGAUACAUCCGUUUCCUGGAACGGGAACAAGAGUCCGGGGCCAGUCAAGCUGGAAUGAGCACCGACGAUAACGAAGAUGUUGAAGCCGCCUACACUCGGGCGCUCUCAACAAACCUAUUUACGAGGGACGGGAAGAAUGAUCGUGAAAUUGACGCUGACCAGAUUGUAUCUUUGGUUCUCGCUCGUGCAGGCGCUGAGAAGCGCGCAGUUGAAGGUGGUCGUGCUGAUGGGGAUAGUUUGGCCACCCUCAUCAAGGUCGUGGAGGAUGGGAUCGCGAUAGUUCGGCAAGCGUCGAACACUGGAGAUCCCCGUUUCCGCCUAGAGAAGUUCUUGUCUGAAUUUUAUCUCAGUCUUGCGGAUGUUCCGGAUGCAGCUGUACAACUAUGGGCUUCCACAGCUUCUCACUAUAGAACAAGCUGGGCAGCUUGGGUGGCUUACACUGAUGUUCUCAUCCGCACAGAUCACCAUGAUCUUGCCCGCAAAACCUUCCAAGAUAUGAGCACGAAGAAUCUGGAUUAUCCAGAGGCCCUCUGGGAUGCAUGGCAUAACUUUGAACAUGCGCACGGAUCGCUUUCUUCUCUCGAGGAUUCUAUCAAUAAAAUAACUCAAGCAAGGGCCCAACUUGAGACGCGGAGAGCGCGGGAAGCCGAGAAAGCAUAUGCAGCUGCUGCAGCCCAGUACGCAGAGCAGCAGGCUACGUCGGUGCCAGCUGUAUCUGUUCCCGUGACAGCUGUCGUCAGUGAAGCGAUGGAUGUCGACUUGUCAGCUCCAACCGACACGAAAGGGAAACGGAAAGCUGAGGAAGAACACUCCACUACUGAAAUAAGUGGGGCUAAGAAGCCUCGCCUUGAAACUCCACCUGUUCCCCUGAAACGCGAUCGAGAGAAUUGCACCGUUUUCGUUGCCGACCUACCAUCUGAGACGACUGAAGCCGAUCUAAAGGCAUUGUUCAAAGAUGCGAGUUGUGGCGAUAUCCGAGACGUCAAAUUCACUCGUAUGCCUGAGACACUGGUGGCAACGGUGGAAUUUCAAGAUAGGGACAGCGUGCCAGCUGCUCUUACUAAGGACAAGAAAAGGAUACAUGAGACUGAAAUCAGCGUGCAUCUAGCGUGGCGUUCUACGUUGUAUGUCGCGAAUUUCCCGGAAAAGUUCGAUGACACAUCUGUUCGUGAUUUGUUCGGCCAGUAUGGCCUUAUCUUUGAUGUACGAUGGCCAAGCAAGAAAUUCAAGGCUACGCGACGUUUUUGCUAUGUGCAGUACACAUCUCCGCCAUCAGCUGAACGAGCGCUUGAACUCCAUGGUCGCGAGUUGGAACCCGAUCGCGCUAUCAGCGUGCUCAUCUCGAAUCCCGAGCGCAAGAAGGAGAGGUCAGAUGCAGACGCUAAUGAGCGGGAACUCUACAUCGCUGGCCUUAGCAAAUUUGCGACGAAAGAAGACUUGAGAAAAGUCUUUGAGACCUAUGGCCCCAUCAAAGACAUCCGCCUUGCGGAGGACAAAAGCGGACAGCCCAAAGGCUUUGCUUUCAUUGAUUUUGAAUCAGAGACGGAUGCUCGUGCUGCGCUUGCCGCUAACAACUAUGAACUGAAGAAUCGGCGUAUUGCAGUCACCUUCACAGAUACUCGCGUGCGUGCAAAGAACAAAGAGGGCACGGCGGAAACAGGUUUCGGCCACCGCGCUGAUGCUCGAAAUCGUUCUGUUCGAGUUCGAAAUCUUCCCGCAGGAACACAAGAAGGACUACUUCAUCAGCUCCUGGAAAAACAUUCCCUCGUUAAACGAACUGAGAUCUUCACUGCUUUGAACGAGGCAGUGGUCGAACUUGAAAAUCCUGCUGAGGCUGGGAAACUACUGCUUCGGGCUGAACCUAUCAUCUUGAGCGGGAAUGUAUUACAGUUCUUUGAAGAGCAGCCAGGGUCCACCCGUGGUCAGCCUGCGGCACCGCCGCCAGCAACUGGGGGCAUGUUUGUGCCACGGGCAGCCGGGUCUCGGCCAAGAGCCGGCCUUGGUCGUGCUCGAAAACCUGGUCUUGGUGCCACGCAGGCAAUAUCGAGUUCAAACGCUCAGCCACUGGAGCGGAAGGAGAAGAAGGGGCAAGACGACUUCAGAAAAAUGUUAGGGUAGAUUAUCGCCCUCACCGUUUCCGAUUGCCGCAUUGAUCCGUCAGUCUCAUUCACGGGUAAA